CACAUGAUCACCGACCGUGGGCCAACCAUGAUGUCGAUCUCUUGGACAUUGCUCGUCCCUCCUGCAUGGCCUCAUGUUUUCGAUCCCCUGUCAAGCAGCCGCUCAUCCGGGCGGCUACAACGGUGAGGCGCCCGUCCUGCAGCCCAGCCCGCUGCACAGGCCUACUUAGUCAAAGAUCAGCUCGAAUGCACCGGCCCUAGUACUGUCGCCGCAUGUAUCAAAUUUCAGCCGCACUUGAGAGAGAUCACAUUCGCUGCGAACGAUGGCGCAUUUGUCUUUCUCCAUCGCCACUGUCCCGUGGGUUCUGAACAGGUGCUUACCGGAUCCCAGAGAUGGGAAACUGCGAAAGCAUCGUCGACCCCUGCGCUGAUGCGAAUGCGAACGAUGUCUCGGACAUUGCGGGCAUAGGCGUACUCCUAGCAUUCCUCAUAACCGCUUGGUUUUCCGUCAUUUUGGCCAUCGUGGCAUACUGGACUUGCUGUAUCCCUGACGAACUCCUCACAACCUACGACAAGCUGUUCUCCAGGCGCUCCGGCGACUACUCUGCAAAAUGGACAAACAUCAUCCGAGACGCCAUCAUGACUCUCGCAGAUCAGCAAAUCGUGACAGGUAUCGCGAUCUUGGUCGCCGGCUUUGCGCAGAUUCACAGCCUGUCCAUCUACCUCUGGCAAAGCGUCAUCUACCUAGCCUGGAUGUCUUCUGUGGUCCACUUGACCUCUUUGACGUAUCUGCGCUACUAUCUGCGAGAGAGGAGGGCACUUCGAGUGUGGAGGCUGGCGGGAAUGUCCGCUUUGUUCUGCCUGCUGUUCGCAGCUCUGUACCCGACAACCGGUCUGGAUUGGGAGUGCAACGUGUCUAGCUCGUUGUCGAACUCGCACGCAAAAUGCCUCCCCAUCCAGUUUCCCGCUCGCUGCUAUUGGACUCGUCCACCGAGCCGCCUGCAAGAGCUGGCUAAUGCUUCAGGUGUUUGUCCAGGAGGCAACUCUGUGAGCCUUGAUGGUGUGGUUUCCUAUCUCUUGCUGGGAAUCACCUAUCUAUGGAAAGCCGUCAUGCUCUUCGAUUCUGCCGAGAAGCGUGUGAAAAGAUGGUCGAGCAUCUCACCGCUACGAGCAAGCGAGAAACUCAUCAAGCGCAUCAUCCUGGGCCGUCCCAGCCGUCUACGCAGACUUCUUUAUCCGGUGACUACGAGCGUGUACGUCAUAACGCUCGCCGUCUUCGAGUUGGCGGGGUCCUUUGCCGGCUCUUUGUGGAUCAUCAACGCUAGUCUGAUAUGGGGCACGAUGCUGUUAGUGACGCCGCGAAUAGUGCUCCAACACAGCAACGCCACAGAACAGGAGAACGUCUGGCAGUUCGGCCAGAUACUGCCGGUUCUGCUUCUCGCCGGCCCUCUUCUUACAAUGGCCUUGCAAGCUUUCUCUACAGAGGAAGAAGAACGUGCCGAGGAAGCGCACUACCACCCACUCUCAGCUCCCUCUGACCAGUCAUCGACCGGGAAAUCCGUCAAGCAGCUGUUUGCGAGCCUCGAUGAGCAGCACCCCGCUACGAGAGACAACCUCCACGCUGCUAUAUAUCAGUCAAGGAUCUUCAAGACGAUUCUCGUCCUCAUCAAUUUGGGUAUCGCUGGAUAUUUGGGGUUCACCUUCACCUCGAUCACGUCUGGACUGGGGGUGCUACCGUUUUUGGAGACCUUUGCGACUGUGCUGCUCUUCUGUCCGGCGGUCCUUGGGCUGAUUGCCAUCAGUGCGGUUCCCUGGAGCAGGCUGUAUCGCUGAAAGGCUGUGAAACGAGAUGAGGGA